GCGCAGCAAGGAUUGAGAAUAAGGAUCGUUAUAAUUAAUGUCGUCUGCACUCUGUAGAUCCGGGGUGCUGGCUGCACUGCAAAAAAUAUCCAUCUUGACAAAGCUUUUCAUUUAGUGCUCAGACUCAAAAACUUUUUUUUAAUCUUUCAAAAAAAAAAGAAAACAACCCUGCCUGCCUGCUGCAUAAGGAAAGCUCAUUUGAUUUAAGUUGUAAAAUAUUGUUUUUGCAGUUUCACUCAUUUUGUUUCUUUAUUUUUGGAUACAUGGCUUUUGUUUCGAGAUGAGCCAUGAAACAAGUCAAAGCUGCAGUGGAGGCAUCUCAAUUACAAAGUUUUCUCACGCGUUAAGUAAACAAGAACACGCAGGACUUGAAACUGACGCUGCAACAUCGUUGGGACAUUUUUUGCAGUGUGCCCCGCUUUCUCCUUCAGCGACCCUUUGAAAAGUUGACACGAAAGGAGAUGUCGGCGAUUCACCCAUCUUGACCGGAUCAGGUUAAUAUCAAAGUGAUAAAUCGUCCCAAACUUUUUCUGGCACUUGCUGCCGGCAGAUUUCGAGCUGUGCGCAUGUGCGAAGGUGUCCAGACUGACAAUGCUGGAGAGAUAGCGCGUUUGGAUUGAGAAACCCAGAGAAAAAGGACAGAGAAAAAACAAAAAGGAGGAAAAAAGAUCCAAGAAAAAAUCCAAACAAACCCACGCCGAGAGACUGGCACCAUGAGGUCCAAAGGCAGGGCACGGAAACUGGCCACGAGUGAUGGUGAUGAUGAGUUUGCCCUCUACUCGUCCGACAUCUUAGAUGAUGUGUGUGGCUCUGAUGGUGAUCCUACACCUUCUUCGGCCCUGGCGGAGGACCCAGUGUCCCCUCCGCUGUCUGAUGAUGAGGCUUCACCCCAGGACUCCUUGUCAUUCCAACACCCGAGCAUCUUUUUAUCCCAAGAAGAUUUGACCAUUCCCCUGGACUUUGAACUGCGGGAGUCAGCAGUUCCAGGAGGAGGCCUGGGCAUCUGGAGCGGCAGGAAGGUAAACGUCGGGGAGCGUUUCGGACCAUACGAAGGAGAGCACAGGCCUUGUCUCCGAGACCCUUCUCAAGGCUGGGAGAUCUUGGAUGGGUCAGGCCAUGUAAAAUUCUGCGUGGAUGCCAGCAAGCCAGAUAUCGGGAGCUGGCUGAAGCACAUCCAGUUUGCCCCUGUGGCCAAGCAGCAUAACCUGACAGCGUGCCAGAUAGAUGAUCAGAUCUUCUACAAAGUCACCAGAGAGAUUUUCCCCGGUGAGGAGCUACUACUUUUCAUGAAGGCUGAAGAGUAUUCAUGUGACACCAUGGCUCCUGAUAUUCAUGAGGAGAGGCAGUACCGCUGUGAGGACUGUGACCAGCACUUUGAGUCCCGCAACCAGCUGCUGGAUCACCAGAAGCAGCCAUGUGGGAUGCCCCCCUCCUCUUUCCUUAACCCAGGUGGGGACAGUGACCUAAAGGCCCAGGAACCUCAAGACUUGCGACCCCUCCACAUGUCCCAUGGUCUACACGAGUGUAAGGAGUGUGACCAGGUCUUUCCUGACGUCCAGAGCCUGGAGGCCCAUGUUCUGUCCCACUCUGAGGAGAGGGAAUAUAAGUGUGACCAGUGCCCCAAGGCCUUCAACUGGAAAUCAAACCUGAUCCGACAUCAGAUGUCACAUGACAGUGGCAAGCACUACGAAUGUGAAAACUGCUCAAAGCAGGUGUUCACAGACCCCAGUAACCUGCAGAGGCACAUCCGCUCACAGCACGUCGGGGCACGGGCCCACGCCUGCUCCGACUGCGGCAAGACGUUCGCUACGUCUUCGGGCCUCAAGCAGCAUAAGCACAUCCACAGCAGUGUCAAGCCCUUCAUGUGUAAGUCACUAAGACCCUACCUAUGCGAGGUAUGCCACAAGUCCUACACCCAGUUUUCUAACCUGUGUCGUCACAAACGCAUGCACGCUGACUGCCGCACACAGAUCAAGUGCAAGGACUGUGGGCAGAUGUUCAGCACCACGUCCUCCCUCAACAAGCACCGGCGCUUCUGUGAAGGAAAGAACCAUUUCACAGCAGGGGGCUUGUUUGCCCAGGGUAUGCCACUCCCUGGGGCCCCUGGCUUGGACAAAUCAGCUCUGGCGAUGGGCCACAGCAGUGCUGGACUGGCUGAUUACUUUGGGGCCAGUCGCCACCAUGGCGGGCUUACCUUCCCUGCUGCCCCAGCAUUUCCUUUCAGCUUCCCUGGCCUCUUCCCCUCUGGACUCUACCACCGGCCACCGCUCAUUCCUGCCACCACCUCUCCCGUCAGACAACCGUCCCAUGCACCCAUUACCGGGCCUGGUGCAGAGCUAAGUAAGAGUCCCCUGCUGCCUCCGAGCCCUGGCACUCAGGAGACCCGAGAGCUCCUCAAAGCUCUCCGUAAAGAUGGCGGUUCACCUGGCAGUCAGAUGCCAAGCUCAGAGCUCCACACUCAGAGCUCCUCAUCCUCCACAAAGCAGCGAAACAAGCAGAGUGACCAGUCUGAGAGCAGCGACCUGGAUGAUGUCAGCACGCCCAGCGGCAGCGAUCUGGAGAGCACAUCAGGCUCCGAGCUGGAGAGCGACAUGGACAGUGAGAGGGAGAGGGGGGCUGCUCGAGAAAAUGGCAAAGGCCCCAAGAGGAAGGCCAGCGAGGGAGGCCCCCAGAGCCCCAGCCUGACGGGCAGCAGUGCUGCUAAAGACUUUCCAGGCCCUUCCCUCAUCCCAUCCUCGCUGGACGAGCACACAGCUGUAACAGGGGCUGUGAAUGACUCUAUUAAGGCCAUUGCCUCCAUUGCUGAGAAGUACUUUGGCUCCACAGGGCUGGCUGGCCUACAGGACAAGAAGGUCGGGUCUCUGCCCUAUCCCUCCAUGUUCCCACUGCCUUUCUUCCCAGCUUUCUCUCCUCCAGUUUACCCUUUCCCAGACAGGGACCUUAGACCUCCAGGCCUGAAGGGCGAGCCACAGUCUCCGGCAGAUGACGGUAAGAAGGCCCAGGGAAAAUCUUCAGCCGAGUCACCAUUUGACCUCACUACCAAGCGAAAGGAGGAAAAGUCAGCCCCAUUCACUCCCUCCAAACCAGAGGCCUCCCACUCUGUUGGUCAGGAUCAGCCGCUAGACCUGAGCCUCGGCACCAGGGGCCGUGGACGCCAUCCAAGAGAGGAGGAGACAAAGAAGAACCUGAAUUAUGAAGAGGAGAAGGGAGUGGUGGAGAUCCCAAAGGCAGACACCUCCUUACAGCAUGCCAGGCCCACCCCUUUCUUCAUGGACCCUAUCUACAGCAGGGUUGAGAAGAGGAGAAUGAGCGAUCCGUUUGAGACUCUGAAAGACAAGUACAUGCGGCCAGCUCCAGGCUUCCUCUUCCAUCCACAGUUUCGUUUGCCAGAUCAGAGAACUUGGAUGUCGGCCAUCGAGAACAUGGCAGAGAAGCUGGAGACGUUUGGCUCCUUGAAGCCGGAGUCUGGCGACCUGCUGCGCUCCGUCCCGUCCAUGUUUGAUUUCAGAGCCCCACCCUCUGCACUUCCAGAGACGCUGCUGCGCAAAGGCAAGGAGCGCUACACAUGCAGAUAUUGUGGGAAAAUAUUCCCGCGCUCUGCCAACCUGACCCGCCACCUCAGGACUCAUACAGGAGAGCAACCAUAUAGGUGUAAAUACUGCGACCGCUCCUUCAGCAUCUCCUCCAACCUGCAACGUCACAUCCGCAACAUCCACAACAAGGAGAAGCCCUUCAAGUGCCACUUGUGUGACCGUUGCUUCGGUCAGCAGACCAACUUGGACCGUCACCUCAAGAAGCAUGAGAAUGGCAACCUGUCAGGCACUGCAAUGUCGUCCCCUCAGUCUGAACUGGACAGUAGCAGUGCCAUAUUGGACGACAAAGAAGACUCUUAUUUUAAUGAAAUAAGAAAUUUCAUCGGCAACACCGGCCAGAACCAGACAUCCCCAGACCCGUCUGAGGAAGGGUUAAAUGGCGGGCCAUUUGAAGAAGAGAAGCCUCUGAUGGCCAGCCAUGUGUCACGUGACCUGGAAGACGAGGAGGCGGAGGAGCUUGGUGCUGAUGAAGAAGAAGGGGAGGAGCCUAGCAACACCCCUGGGAAACCGGAAGGCGAGGUGCUCCCAAGCAACCUUAGUGAUGACAUCAUACAAGACGAAAUGGACUUCACUGGGCCAAAUGACUUGAACCUCAACUGCAAAACCUCUCCCAGGGGGUAUAAGGAUGAGGAGGAGCAGAGCGGCUACUCAGCCCUGGAUCAUAUUCGUCACUUUUCAGACAUGCGCAAGCUGGAGGAAAGUGAACUGAGCGAAGGAGAUGGAGAUGAGGACGACGGAUCAUUUGGCUCCCCCUCCCUGAACGAGGCAGUCAAACAGCCACUCUUUAGGAAAUCUAAGUCUCAGGCGUACGCCAUGAUGCUGUCUCUGGCUGAAAAGGACUCUCUCCACCCAGCCACCCACACCCCAGCCACCAUGUGGCACAGUCUGGCACGGGCUGCUGCUGAAUCCAGCGCAAUCCAGUCCCUCAGCCAUGUAUGAUGACACCCCUCUGCGCUUUCCCUUUCACUUCUCAACGCCCAACCCUGACCGAUGGCACUGGGAGCCCAUUACAGGGGGCUAUUUGCGGGGGCCCCUGAUCGUCCACAGAGUGACUGCUGAGCAGAACCACAGCCCAUCUGACUGCUGAGUGGAGCGCCUUACACACAAAGCAGGGUUACUGUCCAUGCAGAACCAUGCCCAGCCCCAGCCCAAGAAAAUCUCCAACAGAUAGAGAGCAAAAAUGUCCCCAUGAGACCUUAAAAUUUAUUUCUUACAUUAACACCAACCAGGAUGUGGUGAAAAUAAUAAUGGUAAAAUAAUAAUAGCUGUAUUUAUUCUGCUGAAUUUCUAUGUUUUGCACAGCAAAGGCAGCUGGUGGACAUGGAAGAUGUGCUGAUGUAUCAUUGCUAGACUGCAUUUACUGCCCAGCACAUACAAAGCAAGGAGAACAUUUCAUGCUGAGAGGGUGAGUUUGGUUGUGUCUCUAAGACAGCCGGUUUCAGCCUAGUGUGCUUCACUGUGCGUACAGCAUAAGAACUCUCUCGUCUGACAAAAUAUAUCUUUAAAAUGUUUUUACAAGAAAUCCCUUUAACCCCCAGAGAUCCACAGGUGCUUCUCAUAAAUACAUGUACUUGAUGAUAAAAAUGAAGGGUGGGGUGAAGCAACCUCAGUUCAGAUGAAAACCGCUCCAUGUAAGGACAGCGCUAACAGCGCUUUAAUAUCACAAAAGGUAUUGAAGAAGAAAUAACAAAACGUAAUUGUUAAACUGAAAUCAGGCCAGUUUCCCAUCUGCGUUUUCAUAGCUGCGUGUGUCUGCACAAUCACAGCACUGUACACAAGUGUCUACCAACUGUUCUCCACUGCACUCCAUCCUGCCCGCCUGCGCUAUCUGUGAAAGGAUAUAAAUAGAUUGUCUUUUUAGUGGAAGAGAAGAAAACACUUUUUUUUUACUGAGAUAAGUAGCCAGUGCUGAAGUUAAUUGUUGUUCUGUAAAGGGCAUAUGUCUUUUUCAAAACCCUUGAAUCCAUCCUAGUCAGCCAACAAUACCACUAAAUAGCCUGAAUGCUAGUCGUUAGCUACUCCAUGCUCGUGUGUCUUUCAUUUUUAGACAAUCAUGAUUUUGUUUUGUUUUUUUGUUUUUUUGUUGGUGUUGUUGUUGUUAUUUGCUGUUGUAUGUUGAGAAUUGUAUUUAUUUCUUGGCAAACUGUAGUUUGUUUACUGAAUAGCACUGCUCUUAGCCCAGGUGAUGGGGAGAUUCCUCACCGGGCUAUCCCAGAGUUCAAAGGGGUUUGUAGAUUACAUUUGAGUGCCGGAUAGUAUUAAACAUACAAUUCACUCCUUAUUCUUCUAAUGAAACCGGUUGAUGAAUAGAUAUUACUUAGGUUUUUUUUUUCUAUGACAAUUUAAUGAUUCAAUUGUAAAAAAUGAAAAACAUAAAGAAUGAAUAAUGAAAAAAAAAAAAAAGCCAGGUAUAAUUUCUUCAUAAGCGCAUGAUUGGUCUGGUAAGAUCUGUAUCUGACAUUUUCUACGGUUGUCUGCAAGCUUGUGUGACGUUCGGUUCAUGUUAAUCCCUUGUGCCAAACUUAUGAUAAAUAACAGAUUACUUUCAUUUAUUCUCCCGUUUUGAGGGACCAGAUUUUUUUGUUUGUUUUUGUCGUUGUUUUGUUUAUAAUCGAUUUUAAAAAGUAAUCAGCAAGUUGAGGUACUUUGUUUUAAUGCUUUCUACAAUGUAACUGUUAUGCAUUUCAAUUCAAUACUGUGGGAGGAACAACUAAGAAAUAAAGGACAACAAUGUGGAUUGACAUGUC